UCCCUCCCUCCUCCCGCAUGCCCUUCCCUGCCAGCCCCUCACCUCCGGAGGAGAGCGCCCGCACCAGACAGGUCGCUGCCCCGGCCCGGGCGGGCUCCUGCCGCCUCCACAGGUGGCUUGGAUUCACAUUUUUCAGAGGUAUGCUCAUUUGGCCUUUGCAACCCCACGAAAAUGUUACCAUUUGAACAUAAUGACUCUUUUCUUCCCUGGCUUCCUGUUCCCUUUCCUUGUGAAGUGGUCACUGUUGUGAAAUGGAAUGAUCAACAACUGUUACUCCAGAAGUAGAGAAAAGGUAUUUCAUUCUGCUGACCUCUGUAUGUGGAUCGCCCUUUGUCCUGUUCAGCCCAUUUAGAUUUUGACUUAUACGUAGGCUCUUAGUCCGGUGUAAAGCUGAUGGGUGGGCGCAAAGGUAAAGAAUGAUGUAAUUCAGCAGCCACCAGAAAGCAUCUUUUGUUUGAAUUGUAAAAUGGCUACUCCAUAGUCAUCUCCCAAUGAAUCAGAUGUGAGGGGCUGCUUUGUGGAAUGCACCCUUUGUAACGGCACAUCAACUGGAAGCAGGAGGAGACAUUCAGUUGAAGAGCUCUUUCUGAAAAUGGGUUUAACUUUUCUUUUGCCAGUCACUACCAGCAUGACCUCAUACACUUCUAGUACAAUGGUGUGGCUAAGCCUUUGAGUACACAGCCAUUACAUCAUCGCAGCAAAUUAGAGAGGGAGGUGGUGAAAGAGGCCUUAUUGUUGUCAUGGCCGAUGAGAUGAUCAGGACUCAACUCAUUGUCGCCGAGAAGUUGGUGGCUUUGCUGGAGAGUGGUACAGAAAAACUGCUGCUGAUUGAUAGCCGCCCCUUUGUGGAAUACAAUACGUCCCACAUCUUGGAUGCCAUCAACAUCAACUGCUCCAAGCUUAUGAAGCGGAGGCUGCAGCAGGAUAAAGUUUUGAUUACUGAGCUCAUUCAGCAUUCAGCAAAACACAAGAUUGAAAUUGAUUGCAAGCAGGAAGUGGUGGUGUAUGACCAAAGCUCUAAAGAUGUGUCCUCUCUCUCAUCUGACUGCUUUCUUACUGUGCUCCUGGGCAAACUGGAGAAGAAUUUCAGUUCUGUGUAUCUGCUUUCAGGUGGAUUUGCUGAGUUCUCCAGCUCUUUUCCUGGUCUCUGUGAAGGAAAAUCCACGCUCAUCCCUACUUGCAUUUCUCAACCCUGCCUACCUGUGUCCAACAAUGGCCCAACCAGAAUCCUGCCUCAUCUCUAUCUUGGGUGUCAGCGAGAUGUUCUCAACAAGGAGCUGAUGCAGCAGAAUGAUAUUUGCUAUGUACUGAAUGCCAGCAAUACUUGUCCAAAGCCUGAUUUUAUUCCAGAAUCCCAUUUCCUGAGAGUGCCUGUGAAUGACAGCUUUUGUGAGAAAAUUUUGCCUUGGUUGGAUAAAUCGGUCGACUUUAUAGAAAAAGCAAAAGCAUCAAAUGGUCGUGUGUUAGUGCACUGUUUAGCUGGAAUCUCUCGCUCUGCCACAAUCGCUAUUGCAUAUAUCAUGAAGAGAAUGGAUAUGUCCUUAGAUGAAGCUUACAGGUUUGUGAAAGAAAAAAGGCCAACCAUUUCUCCCAACUUCAACUUCCUGGGCCAGCUUUUGGACUUUGAGAAGAAGAUCAAGAACCAGAGCAGUCAGCCUGGCCAUAUCAGUAAGAGGAAACUUCUGCACCUGGAAAAGAGCAGCGAGCAUGUGCUGGUCCCAGAAGGGGGGCAGAGCAGCCUCUCCACCGCCAGCCAGCUCUGCAUUACCGCUACCUCUGAGAUCGUGGAACAGAAGCCCAUGGACUGCAGCAACCACUUGUCCCCUCUGGAAGACAGCCCGCUGGUCCAGGGCAUAAACGGACUGCACGUCUCCCUGGAUAAGGUGGAAGAUAACAACCGGCUGAAGCGCUCCUUUUCCUUGGAUAUCAAAUCUGUAUCCUACUCGGCAAGUAGCAGCUGUGUGACUGCAUCGGUUCAGGGCUUUGCCUCCUCUGAAGACACGCUGGAAUACUACAAACACACGACUGCGUUAGAGGGCGGCAGCAAGUUGUGUCAGUUCUCCCCUGUCCAGGAGGUCUCGGAGCAGAGCCCAGAAACCAGCCCUGAUAAAGAGGAAGCAAACCCUCCCAAGAAACCCCAGGCCCCCUGGCAGCUGGACAGCCAGAGCAAGCGGCAGCACCUGGGGAGAGCCAGUGGCACUGGCACCACCCAGCGCUCGCUCCUGUACCCCCUCCACCGGAGCGGCAGCGUGGAAGACAACUACCGAACGAACUUCUUGUUUGGUCUCUCCACCAGCCAGCAGCAUUUGGCAAAGUCUGCUGUGGGGCUGGGCCUCAAAGGCUGGCACUCGGACAUACUGGCUCCUCAGACAUCGGCUACGUCCCUUACCAACAGCUGGUAUUUUGCAGCGGAGUCCUCACAUUUCUACUCUGCCUCUGCCAUCUAUGGGAACAGCGCUGCUUACUCUACCUACAGCUGCAGUCAGCUGCCCACGGGCUGUGACCAAGCCUGUGCUGUGCGCAGGAGGGCAAAGCAGGGUGAUCGCGGUGACUCCAGGCGGAGCUGGCACGAGGAAAGCUCUUUUGAGAAGCAGUUUAAGCGCAGAAGCUGCCAGAUGGAGUUUGGGGAGAGCAUCAUGUCAGACAACAGAUCCAGAGAAGAACUGGGCAAAGUAGGCAGUCAGUCGAGCUUUUCGGGCAGCAUGGAGAUCAUUGAAGUGUCUUGAGGGCAGCAGGCUCAUGUGACUGUGUUGGAGUUGCUUCCCCCUCCAGGCUGCUCCCCCAGCGUUUGAGUGGUCCCUGUAAAUCUGAAAAGAACAAACCGUGCAGAAAGCAGGUGGGGAGGGAAGAAACGCAAGUGAAUGCUCCAGCGUGAACACAGGGACUAGAUGAGUACAGCAAAGAAUUGACAAGUUUGCCCAAGGAGACCAAGAGUACCGCUGGGUUUUCCUCCUCCUCCUUCCUGGAGAAGGGCAGAACAUUUCAAAGACCUGUCCCUGACAGAGAAAGCAAUGAUAUGCAAUGGAUUGCACAGCCUUUCAGUGGCCUUUAAAAAGGAAGCUCUCAGUAUCAAACCCUUUCUCUGGUUCCACUGAAACAUGCUCCUCCCCAUCAAAGCUAGUUUUGUUCUCCCCUCCUCACGCCCCAUAUCCUCAACCAGUGCACCUUAGCCCUGACACUGAGCCAACCUCUGGAGGGAGACCUUUUUCCUGUAAGAAAGGAGGAUGGGAGCGAUUCCAAAGGACGUAGGGACUGGUUACAGCACGGCUCGUCUGGACACACGGUUCGGACCAUUGUAAAUACUGGUGUAACUAUUGUUCUAAUGGAUAGGCUUUAGGUGAUUUGCUAGAGAGCUGCUUCAGAGAUAAACAAACCCAGUACCUCAAACAUUCAUAUAAA